AAUGGCAACCGGAUAUGUGUUGUUCACAGACAGAAAUAAGUGCAAUCGUCCCCAUACCCCAAGCACCUGAACAGAAUGAUGCUCAAAUAGCUAAGAAGCGGAGAGUAGGCGGCCAAAGACCCCUGCUGACAGCAGGUGAAGUCACCAGCCACAAAAUGUGCACCUAUUGUGGGGAAAAUCUGGCUUUAAACCUGAAGGCAGGUCAAAAACCCAAUGUGAAGCGUCAUUUGGCCUUAAAGCACGCCUCUCAUUUGUGCUUAGAAAUGGGCAGUGCUAUUGAUUGUGAAGAUGAGGGAGUCAGUGACAUGAAAUUCAUACAACACCUUGAUAAAGUUGAUCACAUUUACAAUAGUCUCAAGAGUCAUGGAUACAAAAUAGUUCCAGCAUGCAAAUACUUUGAACUAAAUAACACCGCUAUGCUCCCUGAAGAAGCUAGUCUUGAGGACAAGGAAAAACUUUUCCACGAGUUUUUCUCUGAGGCGAAAAGUGCAUUUUAUAGAUACCAAGUAAUUUACUUGAAAGGUAUUAUGAUACCAGAGAAUUAUGAGGACCUGAUGGUAAUGUCUAACAACUCCAACUAUAAUGAUGUGCAAUGGGAGAACCAAAAACCAUCUGGUACUAACUUUUCUUUAAAUGCAUAUGAACUUACUGCAGAGGAGGACAGUGAACAUGCUUUAAAUAUUAAAGGUCAACUCGCUCACAUUGUUCUGGCCUGGGCGUAAACUUCAUGGUUUGUAUCUGUAAAAAUUCUUUUCAUUUUGUUUAUAGUACUGUUACUUAAUAUCUAGUGUCUGUAUAAACACAACUUGUCUCUCCGUGCUACAUUAUGAGGGUUUUGGCUAGAUGAUGCCACCACUGUAUAUUAGAAUGCACCAUUGUAUCACUGCAUAACGACCCCCAACGUUCCUUUAUACUUACUUGCACAAGCAAAUGUGAUCAGCUUGAAGUUAUUUGAAAAUAAAUGUACCUUUAUAUAUUUCCAAAAA